AUGUCCGCCGGGGAGCGACAGCGGCCAGCAUACCGCAGAAACAUGAGCAGCUACCUUCUCUUCGGUGCCGGGUGGAGGCGCCAGAGCAGCAACGUGACUGCUCAACCAUCCUCACCACUCCUGCCGACCCACGCCGAUCCACAAGGCUCCUCCUCCUCCUCGUCCCCUGCCAACUACCACGCCAUCUCUUCACAUCCACCACCAGCAUCUGACCAACACACCCACAGGUUGCCGUCUGCUCACGCAGCGCUCGCAACGCCCGCGAAGCCCCCAAUUGCCCGAGCAAACACCACCGCCACCGCGAAAAAAGACGAACACGCCGACGAUAACCAACCAACACGAUCUCGAUCUCGACCGCGACUCCACAACCGGGCUUUGACCUCAACCGCAGCAGUAGCCGGCCGUCCAGAACUCUACCCCGAGUCCAUCAUGGAGAGCCGGCCAUCCCUGUUCUCGCGCGCCAAGGAUCUCAUCUCCAACCAGCUCGAACUCGGCGAAGGCACCUCCUACGCCCACAAGAACGCGCCGCCCGCCCCCAGCUACUGGAACGACCAGAAACACAGCCGCUAUCUGGUCAAACUCUGGGACAUGGUCGAAGAACGAGCCUCGAACGCCAAGUAUGCACAGAACACGACGUCGCGCCUGGUCAGCACGGAAAAGAACAUGCUGCACCACUUCCCGGAACUCGGCGAGGGAAAGUCUGUCCUGACCCGCGAGUGGAUCGAGUACGUCCUGGGGGUGUCGCUUCGCCAUCCGUUCUGCACCGCGGAUAAAAUGGGGCGUUGGGAGAUUCUGGCUUCUAGCAGCGGCACGAGAGGAACUUGGGGUCCGUGGUGA